UCGGUUUUGUAUCACUCACUAGGUGCUUCCAGCGAUAUCACAGUAUUGGAUCAUUCUCGAUUUGUCUGGUACAAAGAGAGUUGAAAUAAGACAAAUUAAAAAAAGCCAAACUCACAGCUUCAUACCUAAAUCGACAAAAUGGCUCCAAGCAUCGCUACCGUUCUCACCUCUCUCCUCGCCCUUGCCCCGUUGGGAGCAGUCGCAAGCCCUUUGAAUUUAUGGCGACCUUCUGCAACUGCGACGACUUCUUCAGAUUCUUCAGCCACUUCAGACGUCGGUAAAUUAAUAGGUGACACUAUAACCAACGCUGUGGCCGCCUUUGUCAGCAACCCAGGUGCAAAAGAUAUAGUUCCCAACUCAUACAUCGUCGUCUACCACAAGAACUAUACCGACGAUGAAAUCGACCAACACCAAGCGUCUGUUAAGGUAGCCGUCAAGAAGCGCAACCUGAACAAGCGUGGGCUUGCCGGUCAGCUCCUCUCCACAAGAGUCCGUACAUUCGCCAUGUCAGGCUGGCGUGCUAUGGCCCUAGACUCGGAUGAUCUCAUGAUGAGUGAGAUGAACAACUUGUCUAUGGUCAAGUACGUCGAGGCCAACACCUAUGUCAAGUCCUCCCGCCUCGUGAACCAGGGAAACGCACCUACUGGUCUAACCCGUCUAAGCCAUGCUAAGGCUGCAGGACAGGGCUACGUGUUUGACGAUGCAGCUGCUGGCGAGGGUAUCACGGCGUACAUUGUUGAUACCGGUAUUAUGGUAACGCACGAGGAUUUCCAGGGACGAGCUGUUAUGGGUUUCAAUGCCGUUGAGGAAGAAGAGGCUACGGAUUUGAACGGUCACGGUUCUCACGUAGCAGGUACAGUCGGCGGUGCUACAUUCGGAGUGGCGAAGAAAGUGCAGUUGGUUGGCGUCAAGGUCCUAGAUGCCCAAGGUGGUGGUACUAACGCCGAUGUGAUCGACGGUCUCAACUUUGUUGGUUCGGACGCUAAGAAGGGAAAGUCUGUGAUGAACAUGUCUCUUGGUGGACCCGCUUCUCAGGCCGUCAACGACGCCAUUGAGCGCCUCUUUUCCAAUGGUGUUGUUCCGGUUGUCGCCGCCGGAAAUGAGGCUCAGGAUGCCACCAAUGUCUCCCCCGCAAGCAGCCCCAAUGCCAUCACUGUCGGUGCCAUCGACCAGACCAAUGACCAACGCGCUAGCUUCAGCAACUUCGGUAGCUUUGUCGAUGUCUAUGCUCCUGGUGUCGACGUCGAGAGUGUCGGUAUUUCUAGCAACAACGCUACUGAGACACUGAGCGGUACUUCCAUGGCAUCCCCGCAUAUCACCGGUCUCGCGGCCUACCUUAUGUCCCUCGAGGGCCUCACUGAUGCUACUGCCGUUUCGGACCGCAUCAAGGAACUGGGUGCUGCUACAGGUGCCACUGUCGGACGGAAUGUCAAGGGCACCACCAAUGUCAUCGCCAACAACGGCAACCUAUAAUUCAGUGCGUGAUGUUCUGCACGUCUGAUUCCCGGAGUGCUUCGAUUCAAAGUUGGAGGACCUCACCCUAUCGCUUUCUACACGUACCUCAUCCCAGCACACAUUAUUGUCAGCAUCUAGCGAAGCAUGAAUUC